AUGAUAAAACACAGCCUGGUUCUGCUGACUUUUGGAAUAACUUUAACUGGAAAACCUUGGAUCAAAGGUGUGUCUUCUGAGCAGACCUCUAGACUUCCUACGGUAGAAAUCAUCAUUCCUCAAAGCCUGACAGGCAGAGAGAAGCAUCACACAUCCUUCCAAGAGGAGCACCCAGAUGACAAUCUGACUUACUCACUUAAAACCAGCAAUGGAACCUAUCUCCUCAAACUGAAGAAAAAUAAAGAGCUUGUCAGUGAAGACUUUAUGCUGUACACAUAUGGGGAAAAUGGGAAACUGGAGGCAAGACAAGCAAAACCCCAGGCACACUGUCACUACCAUGGCACCGUUGAAGGAAUUGCUGACUCAAUGCUUGCUCUCAGCACAUGCAGUGGCCUUAGAGGAAUUCUCUACAUUGGUGGCCAAUGGUACGGGAUGGAGCCGCUCAACACGUCCAGCACGUCUGAACACAUCUUUUACCGGUUAGAAGACAAGCAGGAUGUGCCCUUCCAGUGUGGUGUGCUGAAUGGCAGCCUCCAUCAGGAGCAGCUUUUUGUCAAGCAGGCUGUGAAAUAUGCCUUUUUAUCAAACAGUACCUCCAGCAGGGAAAAGCUUCUUAGGCAGAAGCGAGCUGUCCUGCCACAGGAAAGCUACGUGGAAUUAUUUGUGGUUGUGGAUAACAACAGGUUUUUGAUGAAGGAUUCUGAUCCUGCUGCAGUGCAAAAGGAAACAGUUGAGCUGAUUAACUACGUCGAUGGGAUGUAUAGAGCAUUAAACAUCCACAUUGUUUUGGUUGGGUUAGAGAUCUGGACAGACACAAACCACAUAUCUGUGAUGGAUGGUUCAGCUGGAGAUGUGCUGAGCAGAUUUGUUUCCUGGAGGCAGAAAGAUCUCCUCAAGCGAUCACGGAAUGACGUUGGGCAUCUCAUAAUAGGGAAAAGCUCCUAUGGUGGGUCCAUUGGAAUGGCUUUUGUGGGAACUGUCUGCUCACAGGUCCAGGGAGGGUCCAUCAGCACUCUGCAGCACACCGAUAUGCUACGUCACGCUACCGUAGUUGCACACGAACUGGGGCACAACCUGGGCAUGAAACACGACGACCAGAGGUGUCCUGCGUCCUAUAUUAUGCACAGCACAGACAAUGGUGCCAGGAACUUCAGCAGCUGCAGUGCUGAUGAUUUUGAGAACCUUAUCCUAAAUGGAGGAGGAAACUGCCUUCGGAACCCUCCAAAAGCAAGCAACAUUUACAAGGAGCCUGUCUGUGGUAACAAUGUGGUGGAUACCAAUGAGGAAUGUGACUGUGGCAAACCAGAGGAGUGCACUAACCCCUGCUGUGAUGCUGCAACCUGCAAACUCACCCCUGGCUCACAGUGUGCUCAAGGGCUCUGCUGCAAAAACUGCAAGUUUAAAGCAGCAGGAGCAGAGUGCAGACCCAAGACGGACUCCUGCGACCUGCCCGAGUACUGCAGCGGGAGCCAAGCCUACUGUCCCGAGGAUGCUUACGUCAUGAACGGCUACCCCUGCGACAGCAGCAGGGCCUACUGCUACUAUGGAGUGUGCCAGAGCUUUGACUCCCAGUGUGAGGCCAUCUAUGGAAAAGGGGCACGGAAAGCACCUGAUGUGUGCUUUAAGAGAGCAAACAUUAAAGGAGAUAGGUUUGGAAACUGUGGAAUGAGAGGUGGAGUCUACAAGAAAUGUGCUGUACAGCACAGUCUGUGUGGCAAGCUCCAGUGCACAUCUGUUAGUCUGCAAAAUCUGCCUGCCUGGAGCGUUGUCAAUAAUGCCUCUGGGGUUUUAUGUUGGGCUUCUGACUUUGACUUGGGAUCAGAUGUCCCUGAUCCUGCUCAAGUUCACGAUGGAACAGCCUGUGGAGAAAAGAAGGCCUGUGUAGGUUUUGAAUGUGUUGAUGCAAGUCGCCUGGGCUACAGCUGUGACGUGAAGCAGAGGUGCAAUGACAAUGGGGUGUGCAACAACAACGGGAACUGCCACUGCGACGGGGGCUGGGCUCCUCCCUUCUGUAACCAGUCCGGGUACGGCGGCAGCAUCGACAGCGGCCCCGCUCCCAUCGAUACAUCACUUCGGGAUGGCCUGCUCAUUUUCUUCCUCCUGGUCUUGCCAGUACUGAUCAUAACUGUGUUAGCAGUAAUGAAGAGAGAUGCAAUAAGAAGGAAGUUCUGCAGGAGAAGCAGAAGACAACACAGGGACACCCACCUGCAGCAACCAAAGCAGAACAAUGGACCAAGCAAUGAUCAGGGAAGCAGUUUACAAAUACCAGCUGUCUCAAGUCAUUAA